AUGCAGACACACUUGCUGCUCUUCUGUUGUUACAUUGGCCUCUCUCUGGUUCUUGCUGAGGAAAAUCAAACCUUACCAAAUUAUGAAUUGUCAACGUUAAUGUCAAUAAAAUCUAGUCUUGUUGAUCCCUUGGAUAGCCUGAAGGAUUGGCAAAUGGUUGAGAAAGGUUCAUCUUCACCCCAUUGUAACUGGACAGGAGUCUGGUGCAACUCCAAAGGUUUUGUGGAGAAGCUUGAUCUUUCCAACAUGAAUCUCAGCGGCUAUGUAGCAGACCACAUUCAAGGCCUGCAGAGUAUCUCUUCUCUCAAUAUUUGCUGUAAUGGGUUCUCUUCAUCAUUGCCAAAAUCACUAUCAAAUCUUGCUUCACUGGAGAGCAUUGAUGUAAGUCAGAAUUCCUUCAUUGGCAACUUCCCUAGAGGUGUUGGAAGUGCCAAAGGCCUUACUUCAGUAAAUGCAUCCAGCAAUAAUUUCUCAGGUUUCCUUCCAGAUGAUCUUGGAGAUGCAACAUCACUUGAGAUACUCGAUUUUAGAGGCAGCUUCUUUGAAGGGUCAAUCCCUGCAUCUUUCAAGAACUUGCAGAAGCUGAAGUUCCUUGGCCUUUCUGGGAAUAAUCUCACCGGAAAGAUUCCGGCGGAGCUCGGCCAACUUUCUUCUAUAGAAACUAUAAUUCUUGGAUACAAUGAGUUUGAAGGUGAAAUCCCUGUGGAGCUAGGCAACCUUACCAAUCUCAAGUAUCUUGACUUGGCGGUUGGCAGCCUAAGUGGCCAAAUUCCACCUCAAUUGAGUAGGCUAAAUCAACUUGCUACAAUUUAUUUGUACAAAAACAAAUUUACAGGAAAAAUUCCACCAGAAAUUGGUAACAUUACAUCACUAAUGUUUCUGGAUCUUUCUGAUAAUCAGAUUUCAGGAGAGAUUCCAGCUGAGCUUGCAGGAUUGAAGAACUUGCAGCUCUUGAAUCUGAUGUGCAAUCAACUGAUUGGUCCAAUUCCAAAGAAGCUUGGUGAGUUGACUAAGUUAGAGGUACUAGAGCUAUGGAAGAAUUCUCUUACAGGUCCUUUGCCAGCAAAUCUUGGAAAAAACUCCCCAUUGCAAUGGUUAGACGUGUCGUCGAAUUCGUUGUCGGGUGAGAUUCCACCAUUUUUGUGUAAUUCAGGCAAUCUCACUAAACUCAUCCUCUUCAACAAUUCAUUUUCCGGCCCCAUUCCAAUCGGUCUUGCAAAAUGUAAGUCACUGAUCCGCGUUCGGAUGCAGAGUAAUCGCAUUUCUGGGACCAUUCCGAUUGGUUUUGGAGAUCUCCCAAAACUUCAGAGGUUGGAAUUGGCAGAAAACAAUCUCACUGGAAAAAUCCCAGAAGACAUCACCAUGUCUACAUUGCUUUCUUUCAUUGAUGUCUCCUCCAACAACCUUAAAUCAUCCCUUCCUUUCACCAUUUUCUCUAUUCCUAAUCUACAAAGCUUCAUUGCUUCCAACAACAAUCUGGAAGGUAGUAUCCCAGAUCAGUUCCAAGACUGCCCAUCACUUUCCAUGCUCGAUCUUUCAAACAACAGUUUCUCUGGAAAAAUGCCAGAGAGUAUUGCUUCAUGCCAAAAGCUGGUGAAUCUAAACCUUGGAAACAACCGGUUAACUGGAGAAAUUCCAAAAGGGCUUGCAACCAUGCCAACAUUAGCCAUUCUUGAUCUGUCCAACAAUUCUCUCAUUGGUCGGAUUCCAAAAAACUUCGGAAGCUCUCCAGCCCUGGAAAUGAUCAACUUGUCAUUCAACAAGCUUGAGGGUCCUGUCCCUUCAAAUGGUUUGUUAAUGACCAUAAAUCCUAAUGAGCUUAUCGGCAAUGCCGGUCUUUGUGGCGGCAUACUUCCACCAUGUUCUGAAACUUUUGCCGCGCCACCGACGCCAAGGAGGUUUAACAUGCAUAUCAAACACAUCAUUGUGGGAUUUAUUGUAGGAAUUUCAAUAAUUUUAUCUCUUGGAAUAGCAUUUUUCUCUGGAAGGUGGCUAUAUAGAAGAUGGAACUUAUACAACAGUUUCAUUGAUGAUUUGUUCAACAAGAGCAAUGAGCAAUGGCCUUGGAGGCUAGUAGCAUUCCAGAGGAUCAGUUUCACCAGCUGCGACAUACUAGCUUGCAUUAAAGAAUCAAAUCUGAUUGGCAUGGGCGGGACUGGUGUAGUCUACAAGGCUGAAAUCCAUCGGCCGCAUGCAGUCAUUGCCGUUAAGAAGCUAUGGAGGUCUGGGCCGUCGGACGUUGAAAACGGCAAUGAUCUAUUGAGAGAGGUGAAUCUCCUAGGGAGGCUCCGGCAUCGGAACAUUGUGAGGCUAUUAGGGUAUCUCCAUAACGAAGCUGACAUUAUGGUUGUAUACGAGUACAUGGCAAACGGGAACCUAGGGACGGCGCUUCACAGUAAAGAAGCCAGAAAGUUGUUGGUGGACUGGGUUUCGCGAUAUAACAUAGCCGUCGGCGUUGCACAAGGGCUGAACUACCUGCACCACGGCUGCCACCCGCCGGUGAUCCACCGGGAUAUCAAGUCCAACAACAUACUCCUUGAUGACAAUCUUGAAGCAAGGAUAGCAGAUUUUGGGCUGGCAAGGAUGAUGGUUCAUAAGGAUGAGACAGUUUCCACAGUGGCUGGAUCUUAUGGAUAUAUUGCUCCUGAAUACGGAUACACUCUGAAGGUUAAUGAGAAGACUGACAUAUAUAGUUUUGGCGUGGUUCUUCUGGAGCUUGUGACUGGGAAAAUGCCUCUGGAUGCUGCAUUUGGAGAAUCGAUCGACAUCGUCGAAUGGGUUCGAAGGAAGAUCAAAAACAAGAGAGGCUUAGAAGAAGCUCUGGACAACAACAUAGCUGGUGAUUGCAAACAUGUUCAAGAAGAGAUGCUUCUUGUCCUUCGAAUCGCACUUGUUUGUACUGCAAAGCUCCCCAGGGACAGACCAUCUAUGAGGGAUAUCAUAACAAUGCUUGGAGAGGCAAAGCCAAGAAGGAAAAGCAUUUGUCACAACGGUUUAAAGGAGAAGCCAAUCUUUUCCACCUCCCCUGUAAUAGGCCUUUUGUAG